AUGCUUGGUCCCCGGGCGGCCUCUCUGACGCGAACGUCUCUCUCUCGAACGGCUUCCGUCUCGUUGCGAAGGGGCGUCGCCUCUCGUGCAGCGGUUCCGCUGUCUUGCAGCCAAAAGCUUGUCUUCCCGAAGCAAAUCCAGGGAGUCAGCGUGGUCCCCGAGCGCUACCUGCAAAUCUCUUCCGUUUGCAAAUCUGAAGUGGUCGUCGUUGAAGGCCCAGCGUUUGCCGAGUCUAUCUCCGAGGGAGAUAUCCGUUGGAAUAAGCAGGUGGGCGAUUUCGUGAAGGAGGACGAGGUGGUGGCAGAGAUUGAGACCGACAAGACGUCCGUCGAAUGCCCUGCUCCUCAAUCCGGCACCAUCGUCGAAUUGCUUGUUGCUGAUGGCUCAAAGGUGACGGCCAAGCAGAAGCUGUACAAGCUGCAGCCCGGCGAGGGUGGUGGCUCGGCGGCCCCGGCUGCUCCUAAGGCUGAGGCGAAGAAUGCUUCAUCCGAGGCACCGAAGCCCGCUGCCCCUAAGCAAGAAGCCCCAAAAGCUGCGGCACCGUCUGCUCCACCUGCUCAAAACAAGGGAUCCAUCCCAUCAUCGCUGCCAAAAACUGCUCCUCCCCCUUCUGCCCCGAUGUCUUCCACCCCAGUCUCCUCCAUCCCUGUACAGCGCGUUCGGGUUCCUGACGGAGUGCAGCCCGACCACGCGAUUACCGGAUCCCGUGAUGAGGUGCGCGUCAAGAUGAACAGGAUGCGCCAACGUAUUGCCCAGCGUCUGAAGGAUGCGCAGAACACCUACGCCAUGCUCACCACGUUCAAUGAGGUCGACAUGAGCAACAUUAUUGAGAUGCGCACGCGUUAUCAAAAGGACUUCCAGAAGAAGCACAAUGUCAAGCUGGGUCUGAUGUCGCCGUUCCUGCGCGCUGCGGCAUAUGCCCUUCAGGAGAUGCCGGUGGUCAAUGCUGUGAUUGACCAGGACGAGAUUGUCUACCGUCAUUUCGUGGACAUCUCGGUGGCCGUCGCUACGCCGAAGGGCUUGCUGGUGCCAGUCCUGCGCAAUGUCGAGAGCAUGGAUUAUGCCCAAGUCGAGCUCGAGCUGGCGGCCUUGGGAGAGAAGGCGAAGAACAAUAAGCUGGCUGUCGAGGAUAUGGAGGGCGGCACGUUCACUAUCUCGAAUGGCGGUGUCUUCGGCUCCGUCUUCGGCACACCAAUCAUCAACCCGCCGCAAUCUGCCAUUCUCGGCAUGCAUGGUGUCUUCGAUAAACCGGUUGCUAUCAAUGGAAAGGUGGAGAUUCGCCCUAUCAUGAAGAUUGCCCUCACCUACGAUCAUCGACUGAUUGAUGGCAGGGAGGGAGUCACUUUCCUCAGGAAGAUCAAGAACGCCGUCGAGGACCCGCGCACGAUUUUGAUGAAUCUG